ACAAAGGUGAGACGGACAAAGUCAGAUGUUCCCAGAUGUUUCUAUAGUUGGAUGGAGGCGCGGAUGGGAACUCCUCUGCCAGGCCCGUCCCCGGUGGGCGUGCGUAAUGGCCACAGCCCCUCUCUAAAUAUAACUCCCCGUCAGAAAAGAAAACGGAAUUCAAAAGCAAUCCGAAAAGUUGUCAGGAAAGCAUUGAUCCGGAUACACUUCGCGGCUUUUGGACCGUUUUGAACCACUUUGUUGCCCCCGGUGGUGCUGGAGAAGCGCGCAGCGGGAGGCGCAUUGUUUGUAUGCAAACUGGAGGACAUGGCCAUUGUGCGCGUUUGGGCAUAUAUGGAGCCAGAGCUGGCUCGGAGGACACAGCCCGUCUGAAGUCUCAAGGAGAGCUGACUUUCUCUCCCCGGACUUCCUCCUCAUCAUCCUCGUUUUCGACUCUGAUUCGCUCCAUAGCUAUGAGCUGCCUGGAAGUGAUGUACCACCAGAGCUAUGGAGCGCACCACCUCCCUGCGGCAGCGUACAAGGCGACCUACUACAGCCAGCAGCAACAGAGGCUGAGUGCUUACAGCAAGAUGCAGGAGUCCAUGGAGCAGCAGCAGCAGCAGCAAGGAGCUGGGAGAGGGAUGCCGGCUCGGGGCCACCAGGGCCCGCAGCCGGGUUCAGCAGGUGCCGAGUCGAGCAUCGAGCUGAAGGACACCUCUCAGCCUGCAGAGGCCGAGUACCUGAGCUCCCGCUGUGUCCUGUUCACCUACUUUAAGGGCGACAUUGGGGAUGUGGUGGACGAGCAUUUCUCUCGUGCUCUGAGCCAGUCCAGCACCUUCAGUGGCGACACCAAACCCGUCAGAGUGACUCAGCCGUCUGCUUCAAACACAGCUAACUUAUGGAAAGGUGGUGGAUCCCUCCCUGAAGGUCAAGGCACCUCACCCUGGAGCAGCUCCUUUCCCUCUCAAGCCAACUCCUGCCUCCCGUCUGUUCCCAUCUCAGUCCACCCAGACUUUUCCUCCAGUCCGGUCCCCUUCAGCCACCCAGAGGGAGCCUUGUGGGCUGGCCACAUGCUGUCCCAGGCCAGCAUCCCAUCUGCAGCCACCCUCCCUGAUACCUGGACCUACAGUCUGAGCCCCCAGAGCCCAAGCGGCUACCCCCACGAGGUUUACCACCCUCACUCACGCCCUCACCCCCACAUCCACACAAGACACCAUCACUCCAUGCUUCAUCCAUACCCGACCCACAGCCCGGCUCUGGAUCCCAGAUUCAAUGCUCUGCUGCUGCCGGGUGUUCGGAGCCAAACCAGCAGUAGCGCAGGAAGCUCUCCUCACAGCGAUGGAGCCAAAACAGAGAUGGAUCUCAGCCCCGUCACAGCAGCCCCCGUCACUUGGACCCCGCCAACUCUCCACGGACCUUUGGAGGUGUAUGACUCAGCAAUGGAUCAAACCAAAGCGAAGACUCCAGUCUGGUUCUAACUGAUGAGCAUGAGGAGGAAACCAGCUACAGCAGCACUGUAAUGUAAACGUGGAAACAGGUGUAGCUUGGUCCUCGUGAAUGUGAUGGAGACGAUCUUAGGCUAGGGCGGUGGCGGUAGCGAUGCUUUUACAGACUACUAGCGUUAAAAAUAAACACCAACAGAAAUGAUGUUUGUUUCCUUAAGCGUGGGACCAAGCAGCUCUGUUUAAAGAGCUUGAUCUUGAGCCACGAUGUUUUUUGUAUUACCUUGAAUGACUUUCUCAGAGUGCACUGUUUAGUCAUGCUAAACUGUUUUCUGAAAAGCUUUUUGUUGCAUAAAUGAUGCUGAUGCGAUUUUUGCCUUUGGGAAUUGUGUAGUGUAAAUACCAUUGUUGUAUGUUGAAUAAAUAAAUUAAUUAAAAUAUG